AUGGUGUUCCUUUCGGUAGUAAACUUUACACGUUCUCGAGGACCUGAUGAGUUUUGGAGAAAAAGAAGAAUAUUCAGAUUAGCUGCUCACUAUAUUGGCCGAAGCAGGAAUUGCUACUCUAUCGCCGUUCGUAAUGUACACCGCGCCUUGGCGUAUGCUACUAAGGCAAGAAAAUUGAAAAAACAAGAUAUGAUAGAUUUGUGGAAUACAAGAAUAACAGCAGCAUGUGAACAACAUAAUAUAACUUAUUAUACAUUGAAAGAGGGAUUGGAUAGAGCUAAUAUUAUGUUGGAUAGGAAGUCAUUGUCUGAUUUAGCAUCAUGGGAACCUCGUACAUUUGAAUGUUUAGCUGCAGUUGCAAAGCAGAAAGUCGAAUAUGACGGUUUUAAUGAUGGUACAGAUAAAAAUCGUCCUACGGGAACAAAUUUAAAAUUGAAAGAUGUAAUGUUAGAGGCGUGGUUGAAAGAAAACAAGAAGUUUUAG